AUGAGGCUGGGUAGUGUCCUCACGGCUGGGGUCCUCUACUUUUCUCCUACUGUGCUCUGGGUAGCCCAGAUGCUACUAGCAGUUGGAUGUCAUGCUGCCGCCCCUUUUGAGACACUGCAAUGUGAAGGACCUGUCAGCACCCAGGACAGCAGCUGCGAUACCCAGGAGGACUUGAUGGGCCCAAGGGAAGUUGACUUCCAGGUCAAGGGCUACACUUUCAGUAAACCCUUCCAUCUGAUUGUGUCUUACGACUGGCUGAUCCUCCAAGGUCCAGUCAGCCCUAUAUUUGAAGGAGACCCACUGACUCUACGGUGCCAGGCCUGGCAAGACUGGCCACUGGCCCAAGUGACCUUCUACCGAGAUGGCUCAGCAAUGGGUCCCCCUGGACCUAAUAGGGAAUUCUCCAUUGCGGUGGUGCAAGAGACUGACAGUGGGCACUAUCACUGCAGCGGCAUCUUGAGGAGCCCUGGUCCUGGGAGCCCAGAAACAGCAUCUUCUGUGGCUAUCAAGAUCCAAGAACUGUUUCCAGCCCCACUUCUCAGAGCCACCCCCUCUGCUGAGCCCCGAGAGGGGGACCCGGUGACCUUGAGCUGUCAGACAAAGCUGCCCCUGCAGAGAUCAACCACCCGCCUCUUCUUCUCCUUCUACAAGGACAGCAGGACAGUGCGCAGCAGGGGCCUCUCCCCGGAAUUCCAGAUCCCCACAGCUUCAAAGGCGCACUCUGGUUCCUACUGGUGUGAAGCAGCCACUGAGGACAACCAAGUUUGGAAACAGAGCUCCAAGCUGGAGAUCCGGGUGCAGAGUCCCUCCAGCUCUACUUCGUCCCGCACCUUGAAUCCAGUUCCUCAGAAAUCACCUGUUCCGGAAUCUACUCCAACAGCAUUCCCUGGACCUCAGCCUCCACUGUCCACCCCUUCUAAGAACCCAGGCUUCUCCUCUCCUCUACAGGUGCCAGACCCCCAUCUGUAUCACCAGAUGGGCAUUCUUCUCAAGCAAAUGCAGGAUAUGAGAGCUCUCCUUGGUCACCUGGUCAUGGAGCUGAGGGACCUAUCUGUCCGCCUGAAGCUUGAGACCAUAAAGGGUCCUGUUGAAUACGAGUAA